UUGUCAAAUGUCGUCGGUUUUCGUUCGGCUUUUCGCGUUGUAAGGUUUUUGCAGUUGUCGGCGAGCGAAAAUCCAUAAUUUUAAUUGUUUAUAAAUAGACCUCAACAUCCCCGGUUAUUAAAUUCAUAUGUGCAGAACUCUGAAACGUUGUAUACCUGCGCAAUCAAUACAUCGGUGCAACAGUGCACAGCCUCCGCCGCGAAGCCCAGUUCGUAAUGGCUUUACGCAGCGCGCAGUACGCAAUGGUCAAUAAAGUUACAUCCGAAAUGUUGUCUGAAAAUGUGUUUUAAUCAGUGAGUUAUUCAUUCAAAAUGAUUGCGGCGCGUGUGAUGAAGUUUCAUAGACGGUGCGGCGAUCGAGUGACGCUGCUCAACGACGCUGCCACGGCCAUCAGGAACUUCGUCGACUUCAACCACGGCCUCAUCCUGAGCGCGGAGCCUUUGAAAGAUGACAUUAUGUUCGAAGUCCGUAUCGACCGGAAGGUACCCAACAUCUGGAAUGGCAGCAUUGAGAUAGGGGUCACAACAUUGGACCCCGAGUAUAUGGAACUACCCGCCACUGCUACUAAACUACGCAACAUAGCUUGGAUUCUAUCGGGCAAUUCCAUACUGAAAGACGGCGUGACUCUGACCAACCACUACGGUCCAGAGCUUGAUUCUCUACGUGAAGGUGACACCCUGGGAGUUAUCAAAUCUAGCAAGGGGGAGUUAAUGUUCUUUGUGAAUGGGCACUGCCUGGGCAUAGCGGCUCGGGAGCUCCCUCCCCGCGUGUUCGCGGUCAUCGACCUGUAUGGUCAAUGCGUUCAGGUCACCAUCAUGAACGCCCGCGAAGGAACCUCCGGCUCCGGCACGUCUAACACCGCCAUGGUCCCCAUCAUGGAGGGCAGCAUGGACGAAGCUUCUACUCAUGCUGCCCUGGACUCCACCGUGACGCAGGCCGCCCUCCCGCUCCCGUCUUCAUCCAAGGGAUCCAAUGACGUCUACGUACCUAUGACAUCUGAUGCCGCUUGUGCUCUGGUGCCUCUCGAUCGCUUACGUUUUCACACAAGGUGUGGGAUUCUAGUCAAACUGUCCAACAAUAAUAAAUCAGCGGAGAGAUCCAGACCUCUGGACGACUACAACAACGGCGUGGUGAUGACUCAUCGUCCGCUGAAUGAGGAGGAGCUGUUCGAGAUACGCAUCGACAAGCUCGUUGACAAAUGGAGCGGUAGUAUCGAGGUCGGGGUCACCACCCACAGCCCGGCGACCAUACGGUUCCCGUCGACGAUGACCAACAUGGACUCGGGCACCAUCAUGAUGUCCGGCUGCAAGGUGCUCGUCAACGGACAGGGCACUUGCAUGGAGUAUGGGAACUUCAACCUGGAUGAACUCAGGGAGGGUGACACAGUGGGCAUGAUGAAGCGGCGGAACGGCAAGCUGCACUACUACAUCAAUGGCGUGGACCAGGGCGUGGCCACGGACAAGGUGGAGCCCACCGUGUGGGGGGUCAUCGACCUGUACGGCAUGACUGUCAAGGUGACGAUAGUGGAUGCUUGCGAGGCGCCGGACACCAACGUGUACCGACGCCGACGCCGCGCGGAGCCCUCGCCACAGCUGCCGUCGCCUGCCCUCUACAGUGGCGCCGAGUCUGAAGACUCACCCCCCAUCUUACGUCCUACACUGGACGAGGAUACUCUCUUGUUUCAUACGCUGCGUGAUUCGAAUGUUGUUGUUAUUAACGAUGGUAAGACUGCUCAUAGGCCUAAUUGUCACGAAUACUUCAACAAUGGGAUAGUGAUGACCAACCGGACCCUGAAGACCAACGAGUUGUUCCAAGUGCGACUCGACGUCAUCAUCCCCAAGUGGGCAGGAAGCAUCGAGAUUGGAGUCACGCAGCACACAUGCAACGAGAUACAGUUCCCAUUCAAAAUGAGCAAUGCUAAGUCGGGCACUUGGGUAAUGACCGGCGAAGAUGUGAUCAGAGACGGAGUAAUCAUCAUGCCACAAUACGUCCGGAAUCUCAACAAACUUGUGGAAGGUGAUACCGUCGGUGUGAUGCGCAAAGACAUCGGCAUCCUACACUUUUUCGUGAACGGGGUCGAUCAGGGUCCGGCCGCGUUCAACAUUCCCGAACACGUCUUCGGUGUUAUAGAUCUGUACGGGCGCGUGGCUCAAGCUACGCUGGUCGAGUUCCUCGCCCCGCCGCCGUGCUACACGCCCGAAACGCCGACCACUGUAGACAGAGCCGUGUUCCCUGAGAUGUGUUUCCACCGCGUGCAAGGCCGUAACGCGCGUCUGUCGAGCAACCGUCUGACGGCCAACCGAGCUUCUACUCAUACUGAGUUCUGCGACGCCAUCGUAUUCAGUUCUCGACCUCUACGCGAGGGUGAGCUGUUCGAAGUACGCAUCGACAAACUAGUGGACGCCUGGUGCGGCGGGCUGGAGUUAGGCGUGACAGCAAUGAAGCCAGACGACAUGGAAGCCAACGGCGGCGUCGGUGCUUUAGCCAACACCGCCACCGACCUCAACUGGGACACGUACAUCCUAAGCGGGACCGCCGUGCUCAAAGACGGGGAGUGUGUCAGGAGCACCUACCCGUUGAACUUGGACCAUUUGAAAGUUGGGAAUAAAGUCGGUAUAAUGUGGCACUCGGACAAGAGCCUGCACUACUACCUCAACGGCAUGGACCAGGGCAAGGCGUGGUACGUCACCAACACGCAACUGUAUGCUGUUGUCGAUCUGUAUGGCCAGUGUGCUCAGGUAUCGAUCGUGCCGAAGCCGGAGCGCCGGUCCGGUUUCUCUGGCGGUGCCAACUCUGACAACACCGUCGUGAACAACCCCCGCGCGUACAACGUGUCGCCGCCGCCGCCAUAUUGGUACAUUUUCAGCUUCUCGGAGUAUUGCGGCGAGAACGUCCUGCUAUCUCAUCAGUACACGCUGGCGCGGCGCAAGACCUCCGACCUUCCCGCCACCAUCGCCUUCAGCGCCGGCCAUCUGGUGCUCAAUGAGACUUUUGAGCUCAAGAUCCUGGAGUGCAGCAACAAGUACAUGGGCAACCUCCGUCUGGGCGUGACUGACGUGAACAUACUGAAUGCUCACAUCAACCGACAGCUGCCGAGCAGUCUCAGCAAGAUGCCUCACUUCACUUCGUACAUUGAUGGCAACGUAAUGAAGACCACCAAGCCCAACUCGCGCGAACACGGCGCUCGCUCCGUGACCCCCUCCUUCUACUGGCUGAAGCCCGGGGACCGCCUCGGCUUGAAGAAGGUCAGCAAGGAUAAGGUGCUGGUCUACUAUAAUUCGGAGCUGAUGGACCGAGCGUUCGAGAAGGUUCCUGAUAAAGUGUACGUGUGCAUCGAGAUGCACGGCGUGGUAUCACGAGUGCAGGCAGUGUCUCGUCUACUGAACGUCAGCACCUACCUGUCGCAGCCGAAACCGAUCUGCAACCAGCUGCGUGGGGCGCUAAACGACGAGGCCCCGGAAGGCGCCGCCCCCGCGCCCCCCGACGCGGAGGCCGAGCCCCGCCCCCCGCGCCCCUACACCUUCCAUUACGUGCACGGGGACAACAUCAAGCUUACUAGCUCCAACACUGUGGCGAUGCGCACGACUGGCUUCAGCGGCGGCGUGUGCAUCGUGAGCCAGGCCAUGGCAAGAGGGGACACGUUCCGGUGCCGCAUAGACAAGAUGACGACGGCGUGGUCGGGUAGCGUGGGCAUCGGCGCGGUGGGCGCGCUGCCAACUUCCGUCGGCGCGAGCGCAGUGGACAUGCGCCCCCCGGUGUGGGCCGCUUCGUGUGAUAUCGUCAACAACAACGGACGGGUGUACGCAUCGCGCACGGCCCUCGCUCUAAACCACGUUCGCGAGCAAUCAGUCAUCGUUCUCCACUUCCGUCCGUCGGGCGAGUUGCUUCUCGAGGUGGACGGGCGCGCCGCCGGCCGAGUCGCCACCGUGCCGCGCCGGUUCACGCAAGUCUACCCCCUGGUUGACCUGUACGGCCGAGUUGAGCAGGUAUCCGUGCUCCUGCACCCGUACAUCGUGACGACGGGGUCCUACGUGGACCUGCCGCUGCUGAAGAACACGAUGGCUGCCCCGCGCCCGGUCCGCGCCGCCAGGGACGACUUCUACAUCGACUUCGAGUCGUACGACUACGAGAAUGUUCUCGAGCCCGGCCGCCGCCCGCGCCUCACCUACCCGAGCUUCGCCUCCAUCCCGACGCAGUCCUUCGACGACACCCCCACCCCGGUCGAGGAAGGCCCGCAGAUGCUGCUCCCUCAGCACAUGCCCGACAACGAGCCCAAAGCCAAGGACAUCAACAACUGGAGGAUCGCGUGCCGCAUGCAAACUAGCAUGCCAGUCACUUCCCCGCCUCAAGCCACCCCCGAGGACUACGACGAGUUUAACCGCAGCAUCCAGCGCUCGCAGCAAGGCGCGUCCGGCUCCACCGGCUUCAACUUCAUGUCCACUGGCGAAGAGAUGACGGCUCUAGAGAGCGAGAUACAGGAGUGUCUGCGCCGCACCUUCGCCAGCGUGGCCGAGGGCGAGAUCACGGACGAAGAAGACGAUUGCGACACCAACAUCCGCCACAACGACCGCUACCCGGAGAACAACUCGAGCGAGGCCGACAACAUCGAUCACAUCGACAACGAGAUCAUCACCGGUUUGACCCUGGACCCGGGGACGCUUCCCGACUUGACCGAAGGGGGGUCGUCGUCAAGCGACGAGUCUAUUCGCGGGGAUUUUGAUCCGGAGCCGUUUAGCAGCGAGAAUCUGCGCUACUUGCACCGUCUGCUCGGGUACAGCGCGAGUCUGCCGCCGCCCGAGAACCCGUGGCACGCGCCCGGCGGCAGCUGCGAGCAUCUCCACCUCGUGCUCAAGUUCUGGAGCUUCUUAAUGCUCCAGUACCCGGAGCUGCGCCACGUCAUCACCAGCUUCGGGAAGGUCGAGUGCUACUGCACCAACUGCAAGCCGGAUUGUGACCCGGUUAAGAUGGGUUGGGUGAGCAUCCAACGCAUGCUAGGCACGGACGAGUCGGCCCACCGAGUGUGGCACGUGGAGCGGUCCACGGUGGCGUUCUCGCAGGCCUGCGCCGUGGAGCCCGGCCCCGUGGCCCGCCCGCUCGGCUUCAUGCACCAGCAGGUCGCCAAUAAGUGCAGCGACAUAUGGUUCGACGAGGAAGGCAAGCCGCAUCUCACUGUCGUGGCUCUGGAGAUUGAACUGGAUGACAUGGAGGAGCGCGACCGCCUCCUGUCGUUCCAGAUUCUGCUGAAGCCGCACACAAGACAGGAGGACAGCGGAAGCGAAUGAUCCUUGAUGACAGAAGACUACUACACAGACAUCGACAUUGACGAGAUGGAGAUCGACAACCGUCUGCGCCCGUAGUCUUCUUGUGAAACAACGGAUUAGGAACGCAGGGGAUGUAAAGGGAUUUAAGUUAGGUUGAUUGUUCUUAGGCUCUUUUAGGCUGUAGGGUUGAAUGGUUAGUCUCUUUUACACUAACCCGUAGGUCGCUUUUGUAGUACAGAGCCGUAGGUUUUAAAUCCCUUGGUCCACUUGCCGUUGCUGAAAGGAAAUAUGGAUUUGGCACGCGGGGGAUGUUUAGGUUAGGGUUAGAGUUGUUCUACGGCUCUUUUAGGCUUUAGGGUUGAAUGGUUAGUUUCUUUAACACUAGCCCGUAGUAUGCUUAGUAGUUCGGAGCCGUAGGAUUUUGAUUAUUAAUAGUUGUUAGAGAUCCCCUACGCCACCUGCAGUGCUAGAUGGAAAUGGAUUGAACUGAUGAUAGUUUUAAAAGGAAUUUUCGGUAUGAUGAGGAUGAUUGUAACUUUAAGGUUGGCGAUAGCGAUGUUAUUUUGGAUUUUUCUGUAGAUGUAGGUUAUUUGUUAGAUUGUAUUCAUUGAUAACUGAUUUCAUUGAAGGAGGUGAAUUUUUCGAUGGAAUUUUCGGAAUGCUGAGGAUGAUUGUAACUGAAAGGUUUGCGAUAGAGAUAUUAUGAAUUUAGGUUUUUGGUGACGUGGUUCUUUAUUGCAUUGCAUUGGUUGAUCAGUUUUUAGGUAUAAUAUUUGGCAACAUAUGAGAGUAUGAAUUUAUUGGAGAUCAUGUUUAGAAUUGAA